GUAGCGGGCAGUGAUUCUCUCACAUGGAGCUGGGAGUCAGCCAUGACGUGGAAUCCGCCACAAGUUCCUCCCAGCUUGUCCGCCUUGACUGCCACUACUCAGGCCGAGGAUGAACUGGGCGUGGAUGUGUCGUCUCCCAGCGGCGAUUUGCUGCUCCAUUUUCUCAAGAGCGGUGGGGGCGACGAGCAGCUGAGGAGCAGUAGCAGCUACAGGACCCAGCAGUCGCACCUUACGGUCCCUGCCACAGCUUUGCUCCUUCUGGAGGACCUGGAGGAGGAGGAGAAGGUCCUCCUCCACGACCACUCUACGUCCCAGCAACAAGAUUUGGUGGGUGGUCACCUCACUUCCAGCGGCACCAAAACCCACUUUUCCCUUCGGAUCCAUUCUUGACUCCGUCGGACCACUGAUUUCUACGCUCGUUUGCUCCUCUUCCAGUCGAGAGACCGUUCCAUCCGCCAGUGCCGUAUCCUUUUCCAAAUGCUCCGACUUUCCAGCCUGCUGAUAAUGUGGUUCAUCCGCCGCAUUCCUCUGGGGAGCUUAAAGCU